AUGGCGUCUGUGACGUGGCGCUGCUCAUGGAGGGGUGCAUCGGACGCCGCCGCCGAGGUCAAGGUGCAGGAGCUGCCGGACGCGCGCGGCGGCGUGGCGGCGCUCUCCGCUCUGCCGCUGCGCCUGACGCGGCCUGAGGCUGACGCCUCCGCCGCGUGCGAGCUGGAGCUGCAGUGGCCCGCGCAGCCGCUGCGCUGUGUGCAGCUCCAGCUGCAGGUCCAAUGCUCGGCUCGCCACAUCGAGCUGCACGCCGAGGGCACGCGCCGCAACAUGCUGGGCGAGACGUAUCUGGGCACGUUCCGGGGCGCCAAGCAGAGCGCGCACGGGCAGGAGCCGCAGCUCUUCGCCAUGUCGCCGGCCUUCAAGCAGAGCGACCGCGACUGCGACGUGCUCAAGAGUCUGCGCGCACUGCGGGUCAAGUUUGUGUCGCUCGCGGGCGACAAGAGCGCGCUGGAUUUGCAACACUUCCAAUGCAUGGCUGCGAUGGGGGUUGGAGCUGCAGGCGCUGCUCCGGACGUGCAGAUGAUCUUGAGGGGCUUCCAGCAGACGUUGGAGCGGGAGAUGGAGACGAAGAUUGCGCGUGCAAUCGACGCAAAGUUAUCCACGUUGUCGCAGCGCUUGGCGUUAUCGGAGCAAGCUCUGUUUCAGCUGCACAAGAAGAUGGAUGCAAAGGAUGCCAAU